GACAGAAAAUUUGUAUUAUAAUGAAUAUUUAAACAAACAAUAUAUUUCGUUUGUAAAUUGAAAUAAUAAGUGUAAUAUACUCGAACAGAUAUGCCAUAGAAUAAAAAAAAUGAUUGGUAUCAUACUGGCAAUAACUUUUAUACCAUUGUGCAAGUCAGAAGACUAUUACUACUAUCCCUUCAAUAUGUCCCGUUCAACGCUGCGCGGCAUCGCCGCCUACCGCUCAGCGCUGACCCUGGACUGGCUUGCUGCUGAAGACUUCCGGCAGAGAGAGCUGGCGGCGGCUUUUGAGACAGAAGCGCCUCCAGCAAGAGUCGUCAGCACUGAUUGUAUAUUAUAUCCCAGGCCCACACCGGGAAAGGUCGGCCGGCUUAUGUUGGAACUGCUGAAAAAUUUAGAAGGCGACGAUGGGACCCUAGUCUCUGAACUAAUUCAAGUAUUGGUGCGAACGAAAUUACUGGUGGAAUCAUCGAUGUUCGAAGCGGAACCGGACUUAGAUUCCUUGGUGAAGACACCUAUGAUGAUGAUGGGAGAACCCCACACCACUUUUCCGAGGGUUCUGGCGGUAAUAUGGAUGCUGGUCACUGAUCCUGUCACAACUAAUAAAUAUGGAUGGUGUCCUAUAAAGAAGGUGAACAAAUACCUAUCGGGGGCGAAACCAUACGAGAUAGCGAAGCAGAUGCGACAGCUCGAGAUGGUGGUGGCGAGGGCCAGGUUCAUCAUGGAGGAGUUCGUCCAGAGCAUCACGCCUGCCGACUUGUAUCAGACAACGUCUCAAAAAGUUAAAAGAACGGAGAAAAGUUCAACCUCGAAGCGUGGUAAGAAACGCCAGAAGAUAAUGGAGACGGAGAUUUCCCACCCAAAAUAUAAGCUAGAACUCCUUCAAUCACCAAAACCAGAUCAGAGUUCGCCGAAGGUGGAAGUGAGCCGAUUGAUUGUUGCCAACGAUUGUACUGUCUCAUCCAUGUCUAUGAUUUUAUUUGUCAACAGUUUAUUAGUUUAAUAAACUCUUUAUUGUAUUGAGUUGAUUUAUUUUUCAUUCUUAAUGUACAUAAUAAUUUCAAUAAAAUUGUCUGUGAACAAUAAAUUAAAUACAAUGAAUCGAUUUUUCAAAGCUUAAGAUUUAUGAAACCUCCAUAUAUCAUG